AUGCAGUGCCAGAACGAUUACCAACUGAGACAGCUCUGCCUUCCACCUCCCACAAUCUUGGUGAAGAGUUUUCCAGUGAAAAAAUGUGUUGAUCCCUGUGGUGCUGGCUGUAACAUCCAGUGCUUCCCUCAAUGUGUGGAUCCCUGCUGCUACGCUGGGGUUCCUCAGGGCACCACCACUUACGUGAACCUGAGUAAUCUUGGUGUGACACGGGCUGCCAGGUGUGUGGAUCCCUGCUGCCUCGGAAUCACCACCUGUGCGCCUCCUUGCUGUGAGGAAGUGACCAAGUGCAUCACCACAUGUGCGGACCCAUGCUGCUGCAAAGUGACCGAGUGCACGACCAGCAGAUGUGUGGACCCCUGCUGCCAGGAGGUGACCAAGUGCACCACCAGAUGCGUGGAUCCCUGCUGCCAGGAGGUGACCAAGUGCACCACCAGAUGUGUGGACCCCUGCUGCCAGGAGGUGACCAAGUGCACCACCACGUGUGUGGAUCCCUGCUGCCAGGAGGUGACCAAGUGCACCACCAGAUGCGUGGACCCCUGCUGCCAGGAGGUGACCAAGUGCACCACCACGUGUGUGGACCCCUGCUGCCAGGAGGUGACCAAGUGCACCACCACGUGUGUGGAUCCCUGCUGCCAGGAGGUGACCAAGUGCACCACCAGAUGCGUGGACCCCUGCUGCCAGGAGGUGACCAAGUGCACCACCAGAUGCGUGGACCCCUGCUGCCAGGAGGUGACCAAGUGCACCACCAGAUGCGUGGACCCCUGCUGCCAGGAGGUGACCAAGUGCACCACCAGAUGCGUGGACCCCUGCUGCCAGGAGGUGACCAAGUGCACCACCAGAUGUGUGGAUCCCUGCUGCCAGGAGGUGACCAAGUGCACCACCAGAUGCGUGGACCCCUGCUGCCAGGAGGUGACCAAGUGCACCACCAGAUGUGUGGACCCCUGCUGCCAGGAGGUGACCAAGUGCACCACCAGAUGCGUGGACCCCUGCUGCCAGGAGGUGACCAAGUGCACCACCAGAUGUGUAGAUCCAUGCUGUGGACCUGUGACCAGAUGCACCACUAAAUGCGUGGAUCCAUGCUGUGACAGAGUGACCAAGUGCACUACCAAGUGCGUAGAUCCAUGCUGUAGUGAAGUGAUUAAGUGCACCACCAGGCGUGUGAAUCCCUGCUGUAGAGAGGUGACCAAGUGCACCACCAGGUGUGUGGAUCCGUGCUGCGAUAAGGUGACCAAGUGCACUACCAGGCGUGUGAAUCCCUGCUGUAGAGAGGUGACCAAGUGCACCACUAAGUGUGUGGAUCCAUGCUGCGAUAGAGUGACCAAGUGCAUAGAUCCAUGCUGUAGUGAAGUGACGAAGUGCACCACCAGGUGUGUGGAUCCCUGCUGCCAGGAGGUGACCAAGUGCACUACUAAGUGUGUGGAGCCAUGCUGUGGGCCAGUGACCAAGUGCACCACCAGGUGUGUGGAUCCCUGCUGCAAGGAAGUCACCAAGUGCACCACCACAUGCGUGGACCCAUGCUGUGGAGGUGUGAGUGAAUGCACCACCAGGUGUGUGGAUCCCUGCUGCCAGGAGGUGACCAAGUGCACUACUAAGUGUGUGGAUCCCUGCUGCCAGGAGGUGACCAAGUGCACUACUAAGUGUGUGGAGCCAUGCUGUGGGCCAGUGACCAAGUGCACCACCAGGUGCGUGGAUCCCUGCUGCAAGGAAGUCACCAAGUGCACCACCACAUGCGUGGACCCAUGCUGUGGAGGUGUGAGUGAAUGCACCACCACGUGUGUGGACCCCUGCUGCCAGGAGGUGACCAAGUGCACCACCACGUGUGUGGAUCCCUGCUGCCAGGAGGUGACCAAGUGCACCACCAGAUGCGUGGAUCCCUGCUGUCAGGAGGUGACCAAGUGCACCACCACAUGUGUGGAUCCCUGCUGUGGGGGCGUUCAGGCUGUUACGAAGUGUGUGGAUUCCUGUCCCACCGCCUGUGUUACACAGGCCACCCCCCCGUGCAAGGGCAUAUGCACCCCUGCCUGCGGCCGGCACUACUCCAUUGCAUGUGCAGAUGUUUGCUGUCGUAAAAGCAUGGCUCCUUGA